CCUAACAUAAAUAAAUGAGGUCGGCACUGAGGCUCUAUCUGUUACUAUAGUUGCGAUGCGACAAAAACAAACAUUUUGGCUCUUCAUAACAUAAAUAAAUGCCUUCAAGAAUUUGAUAGAAGAAAGCUAAACUUAGUCUUGUUGGGUGCCGGAAAGGAAUCCGUCUCCAUGGAUUUCUCCAACUCAUUUACCUUCACAGCUUUGCUUCUGCUCAUCUCCCUAAUCUCCUUCAAGUUCUUGUCUGCAAAAUUGAGGCAAAAACAGAGAAAGAUUAAGUACCACCCCGUUGCCGGCACGUUUGUUAACCAGCUCCUCAACUUCAAAAGAUUGCAUCAUUAUAUGACUGAUCUUGCAGCCAAGUAUCGGACCUACAGGCUGCUUUCUCCUUUCAGGAAUGAGAUUUAUACCUCGGAUCCUGCCAACGUUGAGUAUAUACUCAAAACCAACUUCCACAAUUAUGGCAAGGGUGAAUAUAAUCACAGCUUGCUAAGGGAUUUACUUGGUGAAGGGAUUUUCACAGUGGAUGGGGAUAAAUGGCGUCAACAGAGGAAGGUAUCAAGCCAUGAAUUCUCAACAAAAGUUUUAAGAGAUUUCAGCAGUGUUGUCUUUCGGAAAAAUGUGGCACGACUUGCCAAUAUAGUGUCGGAGGCAGCUAAUUCCAAUGAGACAAUGGAUAUGCAAGACUUGUUUAUGAAAUCGACUUUGGAUUCAAUAUUCAAAGUUGCAUUUGGGGUUGAACUAGAUAGCAUGUGUGGAUCCAAUGAAGAAGGCAAGGAGUUCGCAGCUGCUUUCGAUGAUUCAAGUGCUUUAACUCUUUAUCGAUAUGUUGAUCCCUUCUGGAAGAUCAAGAGAUAUUUUAACAUCGGAUCGGAAGCUGCAUUAAAGAGAAAUAUAAAAGUGGUUGAUAAUCUUGUGUAUAAGCUGAUCCAUAACAAGAUUGAGCAACUACGCGAAUCCAAGGACGAUUCGGCUGUAAUAAAAAAGGAAGACAUUUUAACUAGAUUCCUCGAAGUGACUGACACUGACCCCAAAUACUUGCGAGAUAUAAUUCUUAACUUCAUAAUUGCUGGCAAAGACACAACAGCAGCCUCUCUGUCGUGGUUUAUAUACAUGCUGUGCAAACAUCCUGAUGUUCAAGAAAAGGUUGCUGCAGAAGUGAAGGAAGCAACUAAAUCGAUGGAGGUUAAAGAUGUUGCUGAAUUCGCUGCUGGCCUGAGCGAAGAAGCUUUAGGAAAAAUGUACUAUCUUCAUGCAGCUAUAACUGAAACUUUAAGGCUCUACCCAGCCGUUCCUGUGGAUGCAAAGGUAUGUUUGGCUGAUGAUACUCUACCGGAUGGUUUCAGUGCAAGGAAAGGGGAUAUGAUUGCUUAUCAGCCUUAUGCAAUGGGUAGAAUGAGGUUCAUUUGGGGUGACAAUGCGGAGGAGUUCAGACCUGAGAGAUGGCUUGACAAGAAUGGCAUGUUCCAGCUAGAAAACCCUUUCAAGUUUACAGCUUUCCAGGCAGGACCUCGGAUUUGUCUGGGUAAAGAGUUUGCUUAUAGGCAGAUGAAGAUCUUCUCAGCUGUUCUUCUCAGCUACUUUGUAUUCAAAUUGAGUGAUGAGAACAGAACAGUGACAUACAGGACGAUGAUCAAUCUCCAUAUAGAAGGGGGUCUUCAUGUUCGUGCAUUUCACCGAUGUCAAACUUAAACCUGGUUUCAUCUGUUGGCUGUCUCGGUUCAUUGUAAACUUUAAACAUCUAUAUACCACGUGAAACCUGAAUCAUCUCUUGUCCUAUAAAACGGGUUCAGGUAACUAAUAAAUAAGCAAAACCAAGUCGUUUAGACAA